AUGACGAGUGCAGUGAGGAAUUCCACAAUUCUACUUCUUUUAUCUUUGUUCCUCCUCCUGUGCUUAAUGAAUGGCAGGAUAGUAUUGGCGUCAGGCAAUGGGCCGUGGUGCAUUCUCAAUCUGGGAGUGCCGGAGGAGGCACAACAGGCGAACAUCCAGUAUUCUUGUGGGGGUGGCAUAGCGGAUUGCAGCGCGAUGCAAGAAGGUGGCCCGUGCUGGUCUCCGGACAUCGGCAGGAUGGCAGCCUAUGCCAUGAACGCCUAUUACUAUGCCGCCGGCCACAAGGACAUCAACUGCGACUUCAAGGGUACCGGCACCAUCAUAACCUUCGACCCCAGUGACGCGAAGUGCGAUUAUCCUUCUUGA